UUCCUGCUUUUGGAGCGGUCUCUGGUCCUCUUGGUGUUCUCGAACCGCACCAGAGUUUAAUUCAACCGAACUGAGCCGAGGUUUGGAGAGUUUGAUUAGCAGUCAGACCUUUUCAAACGAACCGGACUUUCUAGACAAACGGACUGGCGUUGCAUUAAAGAGGAAUGAAAGGUGGGAAUUCACUCUUAAUAUGUUCAAUGGGAGGAUCCAGGUCUUCAUUGGAGAAACUUUGAAUUUCCAGGUCAUGUUUGUGUACUACCAUAACCAGUUAUUUUUAUUCCAGAUCCAGUGUCACAGGUUUCUCAUCUCUUACUGUCUCAUUCCCAUCACUUCUGCCCUCUAGUGGUCAGCCUACAUGUGGCAACCUAUUGCAAAUCACAUCCAUCCCCAUCUCUAGUUUGCAUAUUGAGUAAAUUACAUCCAAAGUGGACAGUUCCUGCAUGGUGAUGAGCUGAUUUCAGUUUUCAUGUGAAACUGUUCAAAAAAGAAAUCAGCUGCUAACAUGAAGGCUGACAUCUUGAUGCUCUCCUCUCAGAACAGCUGGAAUAAUCAAUAACUCACCGCAGACCUAAUCUUUCAAAAUCUAACCAUCAGUUUAAAGAAGUUGGCGCCACAGAAGCUGCUCGGCGAUCCUGGCGCUCCAGUUUCCCUCUGAGUGGGGAUAAUUGGAGGAGGAGGAGGAGACAGAGAGGGAGGUGCAGCAGGCAGACGGGAGGCGGACGGCAGCCCAGUCUGCGCUCAGUUCAGGGAGACGAAGCUCCGCGUUCACCUGCUCCAUCUUUCAACAAGUGAAAACGUGAGAAACGGAUUUCCUCCACAACAAACGGCGAAACUCAUCCCGCCUCUUUCCACCUGAGUUGGAAAAACCAGAGGAACUCCAAACAUUUCCGUCAAGAAGGAGAAGAAGCUUCAACUCGUUUCGAACAUGACAUGAUGUUUGGAAUCCGCUGUUUUUCCUGGUGUUAAUCUGGAGAUUACAGCUUUCCACUGGAAUAUGUUCUGGAUGAAACAUGCAUCAAAAGACUGUUUAGGAUCGAUUUUAAUGGAUUAUCUCAAGAUAAGAUUCCACGUUUCCACAAAUGAACUGCUAAUUUUGUCUUACUAAAGUCUGAUGAGGGAGACAAUCAGGCCGGACGAUGAAGUCUUCUGCCUGACAGGACAUUGUGGAAGUCCCUGCUGAGUAUGCAGGACAUUGCGAGGCCUCGGAUGUUUGGCUUCGCCCUGCUGUGGGGCGUGAUUCUCCUACAUAACGCGUCCGUGAUGGCGUGUCCCUCCAGCUGCCACUGCAUGGAGAAGAACGGCUUGACAGUGGUCCAAUGCAUGUCUCGCAACCUGGAGAGGAUCCCCGCUGACCUUCCCAGGGACACAGUUGUCCUGCUUUUGGCGGCCAACCACAUCACCCACAUUCCCAACCACGCCUUCAGAGAGCUGCACUACCUGCAGGAGCUGGACCUGUCCAACAACGACAUCGAGACGGUGGACAUGGGCGCGUUCCUGGGCGUCUCCGAUAGCCUCUUGGUGCUGGAUCUAUCCAACAAUCACAUCCAGAGCGUCCCCAAGGAGGCGUUCGCCCGCCUGCGGGCCAAAAUCAGCCUCUCCAACAACCCGUGGCACUGCGAGUGCACGCUGCAGGAGGUGCUGCGGGAGCUGCGGCUGGACCCGGAGACGGUCAACGAGGUGAUCUGCCACACGGCGGUGCAGGAGGAGUACGCCGGCAAGCCGGUCAUCCAGGUGCUGGACUCAGGGAUCAACUUCUGCAACUUCCACCACAAGACGACCGACGUGGCCAUGUUCGUCACCAUGUUCGGCUGGUUCACCAUGGUGAUCGCGUACGUGAUCUACUACGUCAGACACAACCAGGAGGACGCCAGGAGGCACCUGGAGUACCUCAAGUCACUGCCCAGCAACUCUCAGAUCAGCAAGGACUUUGACACCAUCAGUACGGUUCUUUAACAGGAGACGAGUGCGACGGCUGGAGGAAGCGUUUAGAUACGCCACGAUGUACGCAGAGUCCUGGUAGGGUCACCACGAACCUUCACCAUGGAACAAAAGCUUUUCUGAUUGGUUGAGUAUUCCGACAUUUUCUACCAGUCAUAAAAACGGCUCAUAAUUUCUGUUUGCAAACACAACAUUCAAAACUACAUAUUAUUUUACUUGGGUUACAUUAACAAUCUACUUUGACUCUUGGUGGAGGGAAAAGCCAGAAUCAAUCUCACAACCUUUGAGUGGAGGACUUUUCCCCGAGUGGCCACAGUGUGUGAGGGUUUUAAAACAAAUCAGUUAAUACAGGCUGUUGUCACACCUGAAGGUCCAGUAGACUCUGUUAGGAACCAAAACCGAAACAUCUACUCCAUCUCCACCUGCUGUGGUUCUCUUUCUCUCUGCUCUGAGUCAAACCAAUCAAACACAGAUUACAGCAAAAGACUUGGGAAAUUUAUUGUAAAUACAAUAGAUUGUUGUGUUUUAGCUAACUCCGAAAGAUGCUAAUGCUUUAAAAACCAAAAUUUUUUGAUAUUUAUCAGCUCUUUUUCUGAAAUAUGAGAACUCAUCUCUGAUUUCUAAACCAAGUUCAACUAAAACCUCUAUGCCAUAACAGCUGGAGAAGAAAAGCACAAAAUAAGGCAGGCCUGUUAAACCUUCUCAUUAGUUAUGAUGUAUUUUUACUGAACAGAUUUCUGUUGAUGCUUUGAUGUGAUUGAAUCGUGAAAGUGGAGGGGAAGGCCGGAGUCUCCUGGUCGCUUUGCUGCGGCUGAUUUAUGCCGCAGAUGUCCCAAAGUCAAGGUGAAGACGAUUUUACGAGCUACACGCUAAUUUAUGAAGCCGCUCCAGAUGCUAGCAUAAAACAGCAAAGCUUCAAAUAAACUGGAGAGCUCUUAGAAAGGAUGCUCCUUAUGUCCCGCUGGAGCCAACAGAUCAUUUACAAAAGGAAAAGUUUCCAGAUUUUUUAUUCUUUUUAAUGCACUUUGAAAUCAUUAAGAUUUUUGGAGCCCAUCGUUGGGUUUAAAUCCUAAACUUCUCAGAAACGUCUUUACCAGGCUGGGAUUUGACUUUUUAAUGCUUUAAUAUGUGAUAAUAUAUACGAACGCUCUCCACAGCCUUGGACGUUUCCAAAUGUUUGAACCUGCUUAAUUCCUGCAUAUCAAAUAUGUUGGACUUUUUGGACUUGGUGCAUAAAUUACAAGCAAACAGCUGCUGAUCUGGACAACAGGAGGACAUUAUGGUUCUUUUACAGCUGCUGCACUUUAUCCACCUAAUACCCCAUUUUUUAUUUUUUUUACUGCCAAUAUUCUGUGUCCUUGUAAAGAUUACCGCAGUUUUAGCUGCUGUUUUCUUUCCAUAAAGUGGAAAUAUGUUUAUUUAAACAAAAAUAUGAUUUGGAGUCUAUUGAAAAGGAAGGAUUUAUUUGUUGUAGCUGCGGCGAUGAGCAGAUGUUUGGAUCUGAACUGUUAAUUGUAUCACAUUGUAAAUAAACUGAUUUAGGAAAAUGCCAGAAGAAAAGCUGGAAAUCAAAAUAAUGUGAUUCUGGUCGCCUCACCUGCUGCUUGUUUGGCUGCAGAAGAUAAAAUGUUCAUGUUGAGUCCAGAAAUGCUUCAACAUUCAUUCUACGGAGGACUCAUCCUGCCAAAAUUAGCAAUAAAAAUGGAAAUAAAUAAAUGUCUUGAAGAAAUAAUUAACAGUCCCUGAAGAGUGAAUUUUUUUCCCCCCA